AGGCACUUCCUGUUCCAGGCUCCUUGAGCCCGCCCCCUUUUUAAAGCUGUCGAGUCAGCUGGUCUGUCGUCAAAUGUCCACAAGACAACACGAAGUUUGGAGGGAGUAUUAUCGACGAGUUGGCGGUCUAAAGAAAUGGGUUAACCGGGCUCUCCGCCUCCACGAAAAGCGGAGACUUUAAACGAAGCAGUCGUCGGCCAGCCUCAUGACGGGUGCCCGGGCGCGCUAGCUAGCUGCCUGGCUAGACGUUAGCUAUUUGUUUGCCGUGCCGAGGAGAGUCAUCAUCAUGGCUGCAAUGGAGCUCAGUGUCAGGCAGCACCUCCAUCACCCGCCCGCCGCGAAGCAGGAGCAGGACGAUGACUCGGACGCGGAGGAGACGAGCCUGGGCCUGCGGAGGACCGAGCACCGGCUGCAGUCGCAGAUCAUCCACAGCGGCCACUUCAUGGUGUCGGCGCCGCACAGCGAGCACCCGCCAAAGAAAGGCUACGACUUCGACACCGUCAACACGCAGGCCUGCCAGACGUACCACUUUGGCAAGGCCAGCACCUCCCACAUCUCCAUUGACGCGUCCCUCACCAAGCUGUUUGAGUGCAUGACACUCGCGUACAGUGGUGAGCUGGUGUCUCCCAAAUGGAAAAACUUCAAGGGUCUGAAGCUGCUUUGGAGAGACAAGAUCCGUCUCAACAACGCCAUCUGGAGGGCUUGGUACAUGCAGUAUGUGGUGAGAAGAAGGAAUCCAGUCUGCCACUUUGUGACUCCUCUCCAUGGAAAUAUAGACUUGGAGCAUCGUACUACGGAGAUGAUCACCACCGAGGGCAAAUGCUGGAGGAGAAGAAUAGAAGUUGUCAUCAGAGAGUAUCACAAGUGGAGGACGUACUUCAAGAAAAGAGUUGAGAUUUCAUUAAAUUUGCAGAAGCACAAGGAUGAUGACCUGUCAAGUUUGCUCAAGGGGCCCAAGGAGCAGUUAUCGUUGUUUGGGGAAAUCCCUCCAGCCAUGCAUCGUGUCUCCUUUGAUCAGGAUGAAGAGAGCGAAUUGCCAGUCCCCACAGACCUGGAGAGCCUCUUUGACAUGGAGGUUUUGAUUUCGGGGUUCUCAGACACGUUGUUCACCACCUUCCACCAGUCCACGACCUGGCCCAGCCCCAAGGAGCUAACGUAUGCAUUGAAUGCAGACAUGAUCCAACCGAGACUCAACCCCUUGCAGCCCAACCUCGACUUUAUGGACUCUUCUGACCCUCUCCAAGACUUAUUUCACAGUUACCGUCCGCCCGUCUUCCCCCUUGUUUCCCCCACUGCACCAUCAGUUCCCCCUAUGCCCAGCAGCAGCUCUCAGUCGCAGCAGGACCAGUUAAUGUUCCCCAUAAGCCACAUGGCCAUCCCCUCACCCCUGACCUCUCAGACUAGUGGAGCCAGUGUUGGCAGUGAUAGCGCCAUCGUGGAAAACUACCUGCCUCACUAUCACGGCCAAGUGGCGCUGGGCAACCACGAAGACGUCUCCACCCACAAUGCCAUGGUGUCUCCGUGCCUUCCCAUUCAGGACUUGGUGGCACAACCUCGGCCCCCCGCCCCCCUGGAUUCUUUGGAUGAGACCUUAGCGCCCUCUAUCAUCACACACCCCUCCGCAGCCGCCGCCCGCUCUGCGUGCACACCAGCUCCACCUGCUCAGUCCAGGCUGCCGCCCUUGAAUCAGCUUUCCACCUCCGCCGUGUUUCCCCCGCAGUUCGCCGUCCCUGUUAGCCUGCAGCGGGCCAGCACCAGCAAAAAACAAAAUUUGAAGAAGAUAAGCCCAGCCCAACCAGUCAAGCCCUCGCCGCUGUACUUCACAGCUGUGAAAAUGGAUGCGAUUCCACCUCCAGCGGUGAUGUUCACGACUUAUGGAUUCCCUGUCCUACCUCAAACUCAGAAGUGUUCUCAAUGCAUCGCCCCCUCAAGCACCCUAAAGCAGGAAUCGCCCCCCCGUGUCGUUCAGGAUCAGCCAGGAUUGUCAUGUCAAGAUUUACCUUGUUCUUUUGACCCGGAUCCCAGUCAGCAGUCUCCAAUCAGUAGCGGUACACCUCAGAGCCAAAGCAGAUCACACCAAGCACAGCAGAAGAGACGUUUAAUUAUGAACAACCGCUACAAAACGCUUCGCUGCCUGGUUCCCACCCUCAACUUCAGGUGUCCUAGUAAUGCGGACACGAUACAGAAGACAGUGCAGUACAUUAAGAAGCUCAAGCAGGAGAGGGAGGAAAUGGAGAAGGAAAUUAGGACACUCCAGGAAGAGAUUGCGCAUCUCAACGCCUCCAUCAGUCUUUGUGACGACCAACUGCCAGAGACCGGAGCACUGGUUACGCAGGGAUACAUGCAGUACGACUUAAAUGAGUACAUCAAGCAGCGCACUCUGCAGAACUGGAAGUUCUGGAUUUUCAGCGCCAUCGUCAAGCCUCUCUUCGAGUCCUUCAACAAGAUGGUGUCCACCACCAGCCUAGCUGAGCUUCGCAGGACCACGCUGGAGUGGCUGGAGCGCCACUGCUCCCUCAUGGCGCUCAGACCAAUGGUCCGCAGCACCCUGUGCCACCUGAGCACCAGCACGUCCAUCCUGAGCGACCCCUCCCUUUUGCCCAAAGAAGCCAUCGAGGCCAUAACGUGCGCAAACGUCAGGCCUCCCUCUCAGGCCAGGUGAUGACGCUCUUCAUCAUCAUCAUCAUGGACGACUUGCCACGUCUUCCUCAUGCUCACAGGAGGCCUUAUUUUUUUAUCGUAAGUUGAUUAUGUGUUGGUAUUGAGCCGUGUAUUAGCGUGAGCGCACCACGUUUGCCUUGUGUGCUGCGGACAGUGAACAAUAUUUCAGUGACGACUGAAGGAUGCGAACAACGAGCAGCAAAUUGUUCAAAAAAAAAAAAAAAGAAAUGCAGACGUUCAGGAGUUUUGUACAAGUAAAUUGUUGUUUUGAAUGUUUUUUUCUUCUGUCCUUCACAUUUGGCUUGCUCAGCCUUUUUUCUGGUGAGCGACUUGAACUACAGCCCUCAUAGGGAGCAGUGAAAUUACAGCAAUACAAAUUCUAUACACACGGAGGCAGAACAUUACCAUGACGUUUUGGCAUUGUACACGUAAAACAGAACGCAGUACGCAAAUAUUUUUAAGAUUGUGUUUUUCAAUGUCAGUCUUCUGAUUUGUUCCUUUUUUUUCCCAUUUCGGCAGUGCUUUGGCACGUGAGGGGGCUUUAAACAGGCUACUUUUUAUCCUCGGCAGCACGGCGGUACAGGGGUUAGUGCGUGUACCUCACAAUACGAAGGUCUUGGGUUUGAUCUUUCUGUGUGCAUGUUCUCCCCGUGACUGCGUGGGUUCCCUCCGGGCACUCCGGCUUCCUCCCACCUCCAAAGACAUGCACCUGGGGAUAGGUUGAUUGGCAACACUAAAAAUUGGCCCUAGUGCAGUGGUUCUUAACCUGGGUUCGAUCGAACCCUAGGGGUUAGGUAAGUCGGCUUCAGGGGUUCGGCUGGGGUCAAAACACACCCGACUCAAAACUUCUCCCUAUUGGUGUAUUACGGAUACGGCAACAGGUUUGCAGGUGUGUAAUUUGUUGUGAGUUUAUGCACUGUUGUUGGUUUUGUUCUUUGAACAAGGUGAUGUUCAUGCACGGUUCAUUUUAUGCACCAAUAAAAAAACAUGGUAACACUUUAGUAUGGGGAACAUAUUCACCAUUAAUUAGUUGCUUAUUAACAUGCAAAUUAGUAACAUAUUGGCUCUUAACUACCGCAUUUUCGGAGUAUAAGUCGCUCCGGAGUAUAAGUCGCACCUGCCGAAAAUGCAUAAUAAAGAAGGAAAAAAACAUAUAUAAGUCGCCCUGGAGUAUAAGUCGCAUUUUUUGGGGAAAUGUAUUUGAUAAAAGCCAACACCAAGAACAGACAUUUGAAAGGCAAUUUAAAAUAAAUAAAGAAUAGUGAACAACAGGCUGAAUAAGUGUACGUUAUAUGAGGCAUAAAUAACCAACUGGUAUGUUAACGUAACAUAUUAUGGUAAGAGUCAUUCAAAU